CAUUUCCCUUGUGGCGCCGGGUUCGUAUCGACAAAUAGCGACACCAGAAGAGGAAUGUCCAAUUAGAAUCGAGGAUUAUUUCGACCAAUCAGAUUUCUUUUGUGCAACGACCGCUGUGGCCGCAGCCAAUCACGUGUGAGGAAACAGAGCCGAGCUCAACAGCUUGUUGUUCGUGGAUCGUCUCUGAGCUCGAGAGGAAGCAGCCGCGGCCGCGACCUGAUCGUCAGAGUCGAGCUGGACUCAAACAGUGAAGAUGAAGGCAGCAGACGAGCCUGCUCACCUGACGGUGGGGACGGACGUCAGUGCAAAGUACAGAGGAGCCUUCUGCGAGGCCAAGAUCAAGACUGUGAAACGCAUGGUGAAGGUCAAGGUGACUCUCAAAGGGGAAAGUACGUCCCAGGUGGUGCAGGACGACCAGGUGAAAGGAACUCUGAAGGUGGGCUCCACUGUGGAGGUGAAGACCAACGAGGGUUUAUCCAGCGAGGCCAUCAUCAGUAAACUGACAGACGCCAGUCUCUACACUGUGGUGUUUGAUGACGGAGAUGAGAAGACGCUGCGUCGUACGUCCCUGUGUCUGAAGGGGGAGAGACAUUUUGCAGAGAGUGAGACAUUGGACCAGCUGCCUCUAACAAACCCGGAGCAUUUCGGAACUCCGGUCAUCAACAAGAAGUCCAACCGUGGUGGACGUCGUUCUUCCCAGGCUGCUGCUGAUGAGGAGAAUGAGUCUUCGUCCAGUGAGGAUGAGGAGGACGACAAGAGGAGGCUUAAUGAUGAGCUGCUGGGAAAAGUCUGCAGCAUCGAGAACGAGGAGGAGCCAAGCAGCUGGUACCUGGCUCUGGUGGUGUCUCCGAGCUGUAACGAUGAGCUUGUGGUGAAGAAGGAUCAGUGUCUGGUCCGAUCGUUCAAUGACUCCAAGUUCCACACGGUGGCUAGGAGACACGUCCACCCUGUCAACUCCAUCAGCAUCGCCAAGUCUGAGUUGUCCAACCGGAGAGGUCUAGAAGCAGCCCAGAUGUUCUUGAGGAGUAGGGAGGUUCCAGAUGUGUGGAAGAUGGACAUGAGUCAGAUCCUGGACUCGUCCUCCAGUGACGAUGAGGACGAAGAAGAGAAGGAGAGCGAGGAGGAGGACAACGACGAAGAUGAGAAGAAAAAGAAGAAGCACAUAAAAGAGGAGCCGGAGGAGGAGCCUGACCCGGAGGAGAGGGACCACUUCCUGCAACAGCUCUACAAGUUCAUGGAGGACAGAGGAACUCCUAUCAACAAACCUCCUGUGUUGGGCUACAAGGACCUGAACCUCUUUAAGCUUUUCAGACUGGUCUAUCACCUGGGAGGCUGCCACAAGAUUGAGUCUGGGACGGUGUGGAAGCAGGUCUACAUGGAUCUGGGGAUCCCCAUCCUGAACUCUGCUGCAUCCUACAACGUCAAGACGGCCUACAGGAAGUACCUGUACGGGUUCGAGGAGUACUGCCGGUCCGCCUCCAUCGCCUUCAGGACCAUCCAUCACAACAACCCCCGCCCUCCCACCACACCAGCCAACCAGAAGACAGCAGGGGUGGAGCCCACAGAGCCCCCCACGCAACAUGUGAAGGCGGAGCCUGUUGACGACAAGGGGGAGGAGGCCGAGUCGGACAGUGCGAGCGAGAAGGAGGAGAUGAAGGAGCCUCAGUCGUCACCAAGGGGGAGGAGGAGGUGUGUGGGCACUCAGCUGAAAGCAGAUAGAGAGUCGUCCUCCAGGCCGGCGAAAAGAGGAGAGAACAGCGAGGAGCAGAGGGAGGUGAGGAGACGCAGCAACAGAAGAAUGGACGACUUCGAGAAAGGCUCUGAGGACGAGGAUGAGGACGAGGACGAUGAGGAUGAGGAUGAGCUGGAGAGGAGGAGAGGAGCCAGGAGUGAGGAUGAUGAGGAUGGAGACUCUGUGACGGGGACGAAGGUCAGGGUGAAGUACGGCAGAGGAAAAACUCAGAAAAUCUACGAAGCUCACAUCAAGAAGACGGACCUAGACAACGGAGAACAGUUCUACCUGGUUCACUACUACGGCUGGAACGUCAGGUACGACGAGUGGGUGAAGGCCGAAAGGAUCAUCUGGCCCGUGGAGAAAGGAACAAAGAAGAGACAGAGGAAGAAGGUGAAGCAGAACAAAGACGAGGUGGAGAAAGAUGAAGAGAAGCCAGCGGUGAAGCCAGCGGGGGCGAAGCGAGGUCGUCCUCAGAUAAGAACCACACCAACCAGCUCUGCCGGUCGCAGCGUCUCAAAGACGCCAAGCAGCGAAGGUCGAUCCAACGGCAAGAGCAGCAGAACCGAGACGUCGUCCAGCUUGGCCAACGGAGACAGUACUCCUCGCAGGAGAACCAGGAGAACGUCGGGCAUGUACGACUCGGACAGAGCGUCCAUCGAGGAUUCUGGGAACUCUUCCGACGACAGCGAAUCAGAAGACCCGCCUGAUAAACAGCCAUCCCCUUGGCGAGGGAGAACUGAAGCCCCGCCCUACCAGGAGGAGGAGCAACAGGAGGAGGAAGAGGAAACGAGUGAGGUCGCUAACAUCUCAAUGCCUACUUAUGACGAUGACGCUGUCACCAUGGCAACAGCAAGUCAUUCACCUGCCACUGCCGCAGCAUGUCCCAGCAUGUCUGGGAAAGUGCUGAGCCAAUCAGAGGAUGAGGAGGAGGCAGUGCAGGGGGAGGAGCCUCCAGUUGAAGUCACCAUGAUGCCAGUUCCCCUGGACAACGAGAGCAAAACGUUGUUGGUGCAGAAAACGUCUCCUGGACAGGAAGUGGUCAUCAAGUCAUCUCCCGACAGGAUGUCUCCUCCCCCUGACAAGAACAAAACGUCUCCUGAGAAGCAGUUCUCCCCCCUACCUGCUGCAGAGGAGGGGGACAGGUGCACUCCUCUGUCCUCCCCCAGGGUCAAAGGCCGGCGGGCCAACCUUAGAGAGACAGGCUCUGAAACUCCUCCCAGAAUCCCCCUCUGCACUCCCAGCCCUGCCCUCAGUCCCUCCCACACUGCAGCACUCUCUUCUCCUCCUCGCAGCGUCCUAAAGAGACAGGACGAGCCCAUGGUGGUCCUCCAUUGUCUCACCACAGAGCAUCUCCCCCCUGAGUCUCCCACCAUGGACUCGGACACUGACUCUGCCACUGAGGAGGAGGAGGAGGAGGAGGAGGAGGCGGGUUUACCUGAGGAAAGGAGCAGCGUGGCGCUUAAACGUAAAGCAGCAGAGCAGAGAGCAGCAGAGAAGAAGCUCCGCCCAGACAGGAAGCAGGAGGAGGCAGCCUCCCCCAAAACCCCCGCCCCCACACCCAAGGUGGCGUCCGGAGCUUCACCCAAAACCGUCUCCUCCCCGCUCCACCAAGAGAGGAGGAGUGAGGGGGUGAUGAAAACAGAGGAAUCACCCUGUCCCAGAGAGGAGACACAGAAGGAGGUAUCAGGUGGAGCCAUGAAGGAGCAAGAGAUGCAUGCUGGGACACCUCCCCUUGCCCCAGAGGCUUUGGGUCCCUCCCCCGCUGAGGAGCUGGAGCCGCAGAUCGGUCCUGAGGCGCUCGUCUGCCACGAGGUGGACCUGGACGACCCCGACGACAAGGAGAAGCCCGUCUCCUCCUCAGAGCACCUCCUCCUGAUGAUAAGGGAGCAGCAACAAGCUCCGCCCCCGCUGUCUCACCUCCACCAAGCUUCCCACCCUACCCCACACUCACCUCACCUCCCCCAGCCUCAGGUCAGGCCCUUCCUCACUGCCGCUGCUCCCAGCUCCACCCCCUCCUCCGAGGAACUGCGCCCGACCAGGAGCGCCACAGAGGACGAUGGGGGAGGAGUGGGGGGGGAACAGGAGGGCGACUCCAGUCCUGGGUUUGACGGCAGCAGCUCCUCCUCCACCUCCCUGCUGUCACUGCAGGAGAACAAGGACCGAGGUCAGAAGAGGGCGAUGGACUGUAACUCCAGCCCGUCGGCCAAGAAACAGAAACGCAACCAGAAACGACCAAACACGCCUGGGAAGGUGGAGAAGAACGGAGCAGGGCACAGCAGCGACAGCGAGGACCAGUCUCGUCUGUCGUCUCUGUCCAAGUCUCAGAAGUCUCGGUGUCCUGGUUUGUCGUCUCCGUCUUCUCUCAGCAAAGACAAACCCAACUUCCCGUCAUCUCAGAGAACGUACAAGUGGACGCUCCAGCUCGAUGAGCUGGACAACAUGUCGAGCACAGAGAGGAUCUCCUUCCUGCAGGACAAGCUGCAGGAGAUCAGAAAGUACUACAUGACCCUGAAGUCAGAGGUCGCCUCCAUCGACAGACGCAGGAAGAGGCUAAAAAAGAAGGAGAGAGAGGUGUCAAACACGACGGCGUCGACCUCGUCGGGUUCCUCAGACACAGGUAUGAGUCCGUCCUCGGCCUCGCCCACUCAGAACACCGUUGCUGUGGAGUGCAGGUGAUGACACGCCCACUCAAGCUCCACCCAACCACCAUAUUCCCAUUUUCCUCGUCCCCGCCGACUGCAGCCACAGACUCCACCCACUCCGCCAGCAGAGGACAUGAUGGGUGAAAUGAGGUUUAAAACCUCCAGGUGAGAGCUCAUCGACUGCAGCAGUGGCUGAUGGGAACGCCGUCACUCCUUCAAAUAUGGUGGUGUGUGGGGGAGGGGCUUCUCCAACUUGAUCUUAGCCCCACCCCCUCACCUAUGGACUUCCUGUUCAGAGACAAAUGCAACAGAAAAAUCAGCUCGUCGUCUGUUAAGCCGCCACAGAGCACUUCUCUUUCCUUCCUCCUUUCCUUCCUUCCUCCCUCAGUACCUCAGCUCAGCGUCUCUGAAUUUCAGAAUAAUGUGACAGGUUUUUUUGGGGGGUUCCUACAGGUGGGAACAGGAAGAGGAAACAGAUUCCUGAAGCAGCACAGUUCAUUAUGCAAUUUUUUGGGGUGGAAUAAAUUUUUUUUUAACUGAAGAUAUUAUUUAUUUAAACCAAAAACGACUUUCCCAACUUCCUGCUGAGUGUUUUUGAUCUUUUUAUACGAAAUCAGAGCUUUUAUUUUGGUAAAAACAGACCAACAAAAACUUCAAAAAGUUUCAGACGUCACAGCGAGAGAGAAAAGAGACGAUCGAGCAAAGCGUCGUGUUGUUUGGAGGAUCUUUACUGCGCAGGGAAAAAUAAAUGAAAUGGUAUAUUAAAAAAAAGAUAAUCCACAUUUGAUGUUUCAAAUGUAACAAAUGAGAUUUUAAAGGUGAUUUCGAGCCAGAAUGUUUGUUUAAUUUCAUCACUUUGAUUUGAAAGUUGUAAUUAUAAUUUACUUUCUUUUCAUUUAUCAAAUUUGUGCCUAACAAUUUAAAUCUCAAGCUUCUUGAUUUUAAAAGUCAGACUUUUGAAACUGUGACAUAAUCUGAUCAGUUUUAUUUAGUUUGAUUUGAUGUCUCUUAAUUCUGACUCAGGAAAUCUUAAUUUGACUUAGAGUCGGAGUAUUGACUUAAUAUUUAUUUUGAGUAUUUCAUCGUUGUUUAGAAAAUUAAAUUAAUUUAAAAUCACAAUUUUUUUUUUGGUCUAAAUUCCGAUUUGGAAUCUUCUAAUUGUUUUAUUUUGGUUUAAAAAGUCAUUUCAAAUUACCGUCUAAUAAUUUGGAUUAAAACAUUUUUAAUUUGAUCUUUUAAUAAGUUCAUAUGUAAAAUUAGACUCAAGUGUUUUUUAGUGAGUCAUUAUUAUAAAUUUGGAUUUAACCUCAGAAUGGUUUAAUGAACAUUUUUCCUCUGACUGAAUUAAUCUUCCAUACGUCUGAGCUCAGUACUGACGCUGCUGCCCCCUCGUGGUUCUUCCUCUGUGCGUCAGGCUCGAACCGACGGCUGAUUCCUGCUCCUGAACAUUUUGUUGUUUUGUACAUAAAAAGCUCUGAGUAAAGAAAAGAAUAAAACCACAUGUAUUUGAGAAGAACGUUUUACACGCCUGUAAAGAAUGAUUUAUAGUAUUUUUUAAGAGAAGACUCUUUGUACUGUUGUAUUAUGAACUCCUCAGUUUUUUGGUGUUUUGCUAGCGGCGGUUUCGAGAGCGACGACUGUAAAUACAGAAACACACACUUCCUCUGAGAACAGAAGCUAAGCCAUGUUGGACUGUGUGCACAAUAAACAGAGCUCUCUGUUUCUAAUAAAGUUUUUAAAUAUG